AUGGCUCGGUUCGUCACGAGCAAUAAGCACAAGAAGGAAAUCGAUUCCCUCCUCGCUCUCCGAAAGCGAAACGACGAAACACUCCGCCAGUACGCCGAUCACUACUGGGAGUUCUUUAACGAAAUAGAACGUUGUUACGGUGUCAUUUCGACCCGAGGAUUUAAGCUCGGUCUUACUUCUCAGGACGAACAAAUCUACGACGACCUCGCCCGCCACAAGCCCAACUCCAUGAAAGACCUCAUGACUCACAUAGAAGGAUGGUGCCAGCUUAUUAAAUCAAAGGCCGAGAGGGGCAUCGGAAAGCCCAUGAGCGCAAAGACGGCGUUAGCUUCGGCGGCCGCUCCAGCUCCCACACCAGUUUCGACCCGUAAGAAGCAGGUCAACAACAUCAAGCUGUCACAAAGGAAAGGACCAAAGCCUAGCGACUUCAACGCCGAGAAAAUAGUCUUUACCUCUCCAAUCUACCAGAUCAUCGACCAGGUCACACUUACCACUGCUUGCAAGCCCUUCAAGGCUUACUUGGAGCAGCUUGUCGCGGAAGGCCACCUCAAUAACUUCAUUGACCACGAAAAGACAAAGGCCCGAGCAGAACGUGCCGAAAACCAUACCGAAGAGGAGGUUCAAACGAUCCAUGUUAUCCACGGUCCUCUCAACUCCGAGGCCGCUCGUAUCAUCCGUGCCAAACUGAAUGACGCCACUUCUUCCAAGCACGUCAUAUUGCUCGGUCCUGAGUCAAAGCGCCCCAGGACCGACAACGGCUCUAAGUGGACCAUCACCUUUACCGAGAAAGACCUCGAUCGUGUCCAGCUCCUGCACAACGACGCCCUCGUCGUCACGCUGCGCAUCAGAACCUAUAACGUCCGACGCGUCCUCGUUGACCAAGGCAGCUCGGCCGAGGUCAUGUACUACUCUCUGUUUAAAGACCUGAAGCUCUCAGAUACCGACCUCCGUCUCCUCCGAAGUUUCCCUCAUUGGGUUCAGCGGAACCCCGGUAUGGCCCCUCGGCAUGAUCACUCUCCUCGUUCGUGCCGGUUCAGUGGUCCUUGA